CAUAAAGAACGAUAUAGGCUCUCCAAUGUGUCAAGGACGAUGUGUGUUUUAGCAACUGCUCCGGCCUACUUCAAAGGUCGAUGAAAAUGGUCAAAUCUCAUGAGCGAAACGCUUCGUUGCAACUGAGAAAUAUCUAGAGACCAUGAAAUUAACUUCAGAGAUUUAGCUUUCCAAAAUGGCAACAAGACGCGAAGAAGCGAUUUGCAAUCAGUCCGACGGAGAAACAACGAGAAACAACGCCGUACACCAGAGGUAUCUGUUGGUAUUUUUUUAUUUUUAACUCGCCAAGCAUCUCGAAAACAUCUUUGAAACAUUAAUCUGGCUUGUUAUUCAUUUCAACUACCCUCUCUACGAGGUUUUACGAGAACAUUGCAGCCUAUUGUCCUGGUCCCGGGUGCAUCAUUGUGGUUUACCGCGAUCUCAAAUUUACAAAUUGAAUAUAAUCCAAGUUGUAUUCUCCGAUAAACUACUGGUUUGUGUGUUUUCGCCAACCCCUUUUUUCGGCCGGCUGUGGGCGGCUUUUGAGUUGUCUUGAGAGGUUUAUUUCGUCCAUAAUCGUCGUAAUUUCGUAUUCCGCCGGGCGCAAAGCGAAGUGAUCAAGAGGGCAUAAGUUAUACGAUCUAGCUUUCCGUCACACGAUAUUUAAAAUUCCAUGAAGGAAAAUUUGUGAAGGAAAAUUUUUAAACGGAGCCUUAAGUUUUUGGUAAACAUUUUUGCAAAACAGGGUUGUGGCCUAUAUAUGUUUGAAUGUACUUGAAAACUGAUCUUUAUUUUUUAGUAAGAUCGCAACAAAUGAAUUAUAAACUGUACGGCAUGAAAUAGUGCUGAGUGACCUACCUCUGGCUAUUCUCGUGUCGGGUGUCUAAACAGACCUCCAUAGCCAUUAGUGUGUACAAGACGUUAGGAUGCAAAUAGACGAGCCAAAUUACGCCUUGGAAAGUCGAAACGUUUCUCAGUGGAGACGAAGAGUGGAACCAGUCUGGGCAACUAGCUAGCCCGAAGUGAUUGAUUGAAGGGAGAUAGGAUAAUUAUCGAGUGGAGUGCACGAGUCUGAGCUGAUCCCGAUUUUGAGAAUGAUUGAUUGCAUGCCGCAAAAAUAUUUCCGUAAACAUGGAUACAGCGAAAGCGGAAAAAGUAUGCUUUACUAAGUUUAAUACGACAGACAAAGGCAUUGAACAGAGCUGAGGCGAAAAUGAAAUACAGAUUUUCUCAAAUCCCCAAACCUGAUUUGGGGAUUAUGGCUGGCCGGAAACAGCAUCAGUCUCGGCUUAACUUAGAAUAUCCUGCCACUUCAUCCACAUGGGGUAUGCUCAAGUUACACUUAGGUCUUGUCCUGUUACUGAAAUUCAGUUAUCGCAAACAAAACGUUCGAGUUUCUAAGUUUGGGUUUAAUAUGCAGGACACACUUAAGCGCUGGCUUUGUCCGGCUUUAUGUAUAAAAACGUUGAGGAUUGUAAAAAUAAGAAAAUACGGUAAGUUGCCGUCCCGGUUGGUUUUUGAAAUUUUUACUUGUCGACUGGGUCUAGUCAGGUCUGUUGCUGUAUUGCGUAUAUUCUUGGUUUGAAUUUACCCAUCGAUCAAUCUAUUUUGAUUUUUAAAAGAAACAUCUUUUCGCCAGAUUUUGAAGAAAGAAUGAGUCUAGCUCACCGCAGAGGGAAAUACUUUCGUCUUUGUCAACCAACAUGUCCGCCUCUACUGCAAAGUGACAAUUGGAUACUGAAUGUUCAUGAUUGACUAUCGUGUUAACAAAUCGAACAAACAAAAGUUUGCUAGCAUGUGACAGCGGUUCUAGUGAUUUAUAAUCUAGUCGCUCCGAAUUAUGAUUGUCUUUGGGAACUCUCUUAUUCGCUACUUGCACAGCUCCCAAAAUACACCUUGUUUGCGCCCCACCCCCCUUUCCCAACACCCCCCCAAAAAUUUGCACAACCUUUGUAUUUAAUUUCUCUUGGGUAUUACAGUCGUCCCAAGAGAAAUUGAGGGCAAUGCUUAUGCAAAAUUUUUGGGAGCGAACAAAGUGUAUUAUGGGAGAUGUGCAAAUUGCGAAUCCGCAUCAAUCCGGCGGUUACCUUGUUCGACUUUUCUCAGCGGAUUCUCCUCACAAGAAACUUACCACUUUUGGGAAUCUGCAGACGGAAAACACCUUCAUUUCGUCUCUCAUGAAAAGCACACUGCUAACACUUCUUACACUUUCCCGAAUAAAAUGUAAGAUUCUUUUGGGCAUAAAUUGCCCAAUCAGUUUUGUAAGACAACUGCAUUUUUAUGCUCGUACGCUUUCAGAAUUUUUAUCGUCUUAUUCUUUUCAGCGGUAGAACGUUUUAUAACUUUUUCAUGAUCGAUUCGUGGCGUCUCAAAGCACCGUUGUUACAAUAUAAGGAUCAAAAGAACCAGCACCACCGUUAGCGGUUAUAUUAAGGUUACUGUUCGUAAAGAUUUGAGAAAGUUUACUUUUUAUUUUGUAGACUUUUUAAACAGAAAAAUUUUAAUAUGAGAACACAUUUGAUGUAAAACAUUUCCCAAUUUAUUUUCUUUUUCCUUCGUAGUUGUUGCUGUCAAUCCAAGUUCAGUCCAUGUUACUGGUGGUCAAGUUUCUGCAGGUGGUAUAUGCGUCUAUUGGAAAGAUUUUUUGGUUGGUUCGGCGAAGGAAUCGCUAAACAUCCGCUAAUUACCAUCUCAAUAUGUCUCGUGUUCGUCAGCAUCUGUUCCGUGGGUUUUGUCUGGUUCAAGGCAGAAAACAGAACAGUAAAGCUAUUUGUUCCUCAAAGCAGCCGUUCUAUUAAUGAUUUAGAUAAAGCCGAGAAAUACUUUCGAGUAAAAAUUCGCGAAGAAAUCGUCCUUUUAACAGCAUCUUCUGCUGAUCGCAAUGUUCUGGUUCCUGACUGUCUGCGGCAGGCCUUCAAGGCACAUCAUGCUGUUAUGGAGUUAGAAUCAUACUCUGAAUUCUGUGUCACACUAUCAGGGGACAAGGCGAAGACGCAGGACGACUGCAUGAUAAUUAACCCGCUCGAAUUUUUGAAGUUUAAUGAGAGCAAAAUCGAUAGUAAAAUGACCCUGGAACAAGUUCAAGAGGAAAUAUCGAAAGCAUACAACAGCUCACGCCCUUUGGCGAGGAAUGGCCGGACUUUCUCCUACAAUUUUAAUCGUACUUUUGGUCGCGCAACUAAAAACAAAGAUGGAACUUUCUCAAAAGCCGCAGCACUGCAAAUGGUGUAUCUAAUGAGUGACUUAAGCGAUGAAAAAGAAAACGACAAAGUUCUGGAGUGGGAAAAAACGUUUAUUGACAAACUGGAGUCGUUAGACGGUACCCUCUCAUGUUUUAAAGUUCAUUACUCAAGCGGGAGAAGUUUAGACGACGCUAUCGCCGAAAGCAGUGGCUCUGACGUCACACUGGUGUCAAUCACUUUCACUCUCAUGAUCACAUUUGCUUGCGUCAUGCUUGGCAAAUUUGUGAAUCCGCUGACCGGUCACUCCUUACUCGCUAACGCAGGGGUGUUCGCAGUGGCCCUUGGGAUACUAUCUGGGUUCGGCCUUGCCAUGUGGUGUCGGGUUCCUUUCAUCAGUAUCGUGGGCGUUUUACCGUUUUUAGUUCUUGGAAUUGGAAUCGAUGACAUGUUUAUUCUAGUGGAUGAACUUGAUCGGCAGCCACGGGACAUGUCACUGACCGAAAUAAUCAGAGCUGUUAUGGCCCAUUCAGGUGCCACCGUUACCAUGACAACUGUGACUGACCUGGUGGCGUUUGCAGUUAGUACUUCCACCUCUUUUCCUGCAAUAAGGUUAGGGCCUUAUAAAUAUAAAUUUCAAGCCUUAAGACAAGAGACUUUCUGUGUGAACGUUUACUGUUUUGACGAAAUAAUGAAAACAAAGUUUCUGGUCACCUGUCCACAGACGUUCUUCUCCCGCGAUUUUUAUCUUAGUUCAUACGCGCGCUCGAAAAUCUCUUAAGAGAAGAUAGGGGGUCUGUCGACAGGCUAAGUUGUUGCAUUGUUAACGCCCAUACAGAUCGGAAAGGAAUCCUUUUUCUAACCCUUCACAGACCAUGUUGAGAUUUGCUUGUCAUGUCUCAUGAAUGUAAUGUACGUACAAGUGAAUUGCGCAUACAGGUUCCGUUUUGUUUAAAAGAACACUAACUCUAGUCAUUUAUUUAUCAGGUAUUUUUGUAUCUAUGCGGCUCUAACGGUGACAUUCUCCUACAUAAUGAUCAUCACCUAUUUCGUGGCCAUCAUGACAUACGACGUAAAGAGAAUAAAAUCAGGUCGUCGAGACUGCUUACCAUUCUGCCAAGCACCUCAGCCAAAGGAGGGCGCACCAGCCUGGGACGAGCCUAGCCCACAGUUAUCGAAUAGCGUUAUGGGGACCUGGGGCAGGUUUCUUACCUAUCCGGUGGCAAAGGUGGUCGUUAUCGUUUUAUCUCUGGGUUUGCUUGGGGCUGGAAUAUAUGGAGUCUUACAAGUAGACGAGAAAUUCGACAGAAGGAUCCUAGCGAAAGAUGAUUCGUACUGGAAACGAUUUCUGACCGCUGAAGCAGAGCACUUUGAACUUUCCAUCGAAGUCAGCAUUGUGAUAACUGGAAACGCAGGUUAUGAGAAACCCUCUGCACAGGAAGCUAUCAAAAACCUAACAAACAUUGUGAACAACAAUGAACAUUAUCAAUCCAGAUCUUUGUCGUGGAUGGACCAUUUCGCAAAGUUUGCUAAAAUGGCUAACAUCAGCGCUAUCGGUCCAGCAUUUUUGCCUAAUCUGGAAGCCUUUCUCAAUCAAACAGAGUUUUUAUUCUUCGCUCAGGAUCUGAAGUUUUCUACUGAUGGCUCCGAGCUAGAAGCUUCGCGCAUUAUCGGUUUCAUGAAAAGCAACGGCGAGUCUACAUUCCAAAAAAAUGCUAUGCAAUCACUUCGCAAAGAUCUUGAAACUAAGUCCAACCUCAAGGCCUUCCCCAUUACAAGUGCAUUUGUUUUCUUUGAACAGUAUGUUAUCACAUCACGUGAAACUAUACGGAACCUCAUAAUCGCUGCCAUUACAGUCUUUGUUGUCACCAGUCCCUUUUUGGUUGACUGCACAGUGGCAAUCCUCGUGUUGUUCAACUUUGCCGCUCUGAUAUGUGAACUGUUUGGCUUAAUGGUUAUUUGGGGUGUGUCACUCAACGCUGUGUCCAUGAUAAAUCUUGUUAUGGCUAUUGGUUUUGCAGUUGAUUACAGCGCACACAUUGCGCAUGCUACGUUUUUUCCAACAAGUUAUCAGCAAAUGACCGAGUGGUAGAUGCUCUGAGUACUCUGGGUGCAAGUGUGCUCAUGGGAG